AUGUCGGCAGCUUUUGACACUAUCAGUCAUCCCAUCCUCCUAAAUAGAUUAAAAGCUGACAUCGGAGUAGAUAGCCACGGACUUACCUGGUUUGACUCCUUUCUGAAAAACAGAACUCAGAGAGUCAAACUGGGCUCAUUCUUUUCCCCAGUCGAGAAGGUGGAGUGGGGAGUCCCUCAGGGAUCUCCCCUCUCGCCAUUACUCUUUAACAUAUAUGUCCGACCUCUGCUCGCUAUUCUGAAGGAGUAUAACAUCAGCUAUGAGUCUUAUGCGGACGAUACACAGAUCCUUUUGAGAGUAUCGAAAUCCGCUGAUGACUACAAGCUCACACAAGAAGGACUAAAUAAGGCCAGGAACUGGCUAGCACAUAACCACCUCAAACUCAACCCGACCAAGACUGAGCUUAUUGCACUACAUAAAACACCUGAGGCUGCCGCCCCGUCUAUCUUUGGGGAAAACGUUGCCAUCGCCACACAAGGAAAGAGUCUGGGGAUAAUCUUGGAUCAAGAAAUGAGCCUCCGUCCCCAGAUUAAAGAAUAUGAGGAAGGGGCUAGAAAAGGUGCCCGAAACAUUGUUGCUUCUUCAAAACCCAGUCCAGCUUGCCGCAGCUGGAGGGAAUCCCAUUUUAUGUGGUCGAAAUACAAAACCAAAGAUGAGACAAAAGACAAUCCAUUAGCAGAUCGCCCAGAAAGAAGAACAGCUCUGGUGGCUAGAGAGCUUGCAAGGUUCGACAUCAACAUUGCAGCCCUGUGUGAAACUCGCUUAGCAAAUGAAGGUCAACUCACAGAAACAGGAGGCGGCUAUACAUUAUUUUGGUGUGGACGUAGCAGUGACCAAUGUCGUGAGUCUGGAGUUGGCUUUGCGGAUAAAAAUCCUCUUGCUCGCCAACUUGCCAAUCUUCCUAAGGGUGUAAACGAUCGGCUGAUUUCACUGCAACUUCCAUUACUAUGUGGAACACAAGCUACGCUGAUCAGUGCCUCUGCACCCACAAUGACGAAUCCUGAUGAAGUCAAAGACAAGUUUAAUGAUCUUGAUGCCCUACUUUCAUCUGUGAAGAGCACUGACAGAAUGAUUCUACUUGGAGAUUUUAACGCGAGAGUGGGAUCCGAUCACUCCACCUGGGAUGGCGUCAUUGGCAAAAAUGGAAUCAGCACAUGUAACAGCAAUGGUCUGUUACUAUUGAAGACAUGUGCUACUCAUGACCUGGUCAUUACUAACACCAUCUUCCCCCUACCUACUCGCAAAAAGACGUCCUGGAUGCACCCACACUCCAAGCACUGGCAUCUAAUUAAUUAUGUCACAGUGCGGAGGAAAGACAUACAGGAUGUAAGAGUAACUAAGGCCAUGCCGAGUGCUGACUGCUGGACUGACCAUAGACUCAUCAUUUCUAAACUAAAUAUCCACAUCAAACCAAAGAAGCGGCCACAGGGAAACAGAGCUGUGAUAAAGAAGCUCAAUGUCGAUACAUUGGCAAAUCCCAAUAUAGCUUUUGGACCAGCAUGCAGGAAACAACGGAACUGGUUUGAUGAAAGCAAUGAAGAGAUUAAGGCCUUGCAAGCCGAAAAACAUCGCCUUCACCGCGCUCAUCAAAAUGACCCGUCGUCUACUGCAAAGAAAAAUGCUUUUAUCAACACUCGCAGGACUAUACAGAGAAAACUCCGUAAGAUUCAGGACUCCUGGCUGAGUGCCAAAGCAGAUGAAAUUCAGAAGUUUGCUGAUAGAAACGAUGCCAAACGUUUCUAUGAAGCCAUCAGAUCCCUGUAUGGACCUCAGUCUUCAGGAAGCUCUCCUCUACUGGACUCGAAUGGUACAACUCUCAUCACUGAGAAAACUCUGAUUCUACAGCGUUGGGCUGAACAUUUCCACUCUGUGCUGAACCGCCCAUCUACCAUCAUUAAUGAGGCAAUUGACAGAAUACCUCAGGUGGAUAUCAACUAUAGCCUGGACAUCCCACCAUCAGAGGCUGAAACCUUACAGGCCAUCAGUCAACUGUACAGCUGUAAGGAACUGAAAGACCCGUCCAUCGUACACCUUUAUAAGAGGAAAGGAAAUAGACAAAUCUGCGAUAAAUAUAGAGGGAUAUCACUUUUAUCAAAUACAGGCAAGACCUUGGCACGAAUGUUGCUAAAUCAUCUGUAUGCUGAUCAUCUGGAACAGGGUCUGCUACCUGAGGCACAGUGUCGUUUUGGUAAAGAGGGUGGCAUGGUGGACAGGAUAUUUGCAGCUCAACAGCUUCAGGAGAAAUGUCGGGAUCAAAAUCGUGAACUUUACACCACCUUUAUAGAUCUUUCCAAGGCUUUUGACACAGUUAGUCGCGAAGGCUUAUGGCGCAUUAUGUCGAAGUUUGGAUGCCCAGACAAAUUCAUCCUGAUGGUUCGGCAAUUCCAUGAUGGUAUGGCGGCUCGGGUUCUGAGCAAUGGUGUAUCUUCAGAGGCCUUCCCAGUCAUAAAUGGUGUGAAACAAGGGUGCAUGCUCGGACCAACGCUGUUCAGCAUAAUGUUUUCAUGCUGUCAGAUGCCUUUCAGAACAGUUCACUGGGAAUCAAUCUGA